AUGCAAAUGCAAAACAUCGACGUGUUUGAGCGCUAUAAUUUGUACAUUUUGCCCGAGAAGUUCUUCAUUGAGCCGCGCGACAGAGAUGGAGGACUAGCGUCGACGAGAUACAUAGAAAUCGACAGAAUUUCCACAAAUAUUCGUGUCAGAGAUCAAAAUGAGGAGCGUAUACGCGUUGCUGACGCUGAAAUCAAACUCAUUUAUGGCGUUGUUGGAACAAUACAACUUGUUGCUGGACCAUCGCUUAUUGUUAUUAAUCGAGCUAAGCAAGUCGGGAGUAUAAUGGGACACGAUGUUUGGCAAAUGGAAGGUGCUGAGGUUAUUCCUUAUCGACGGACAACAGCCCACUUAACAGAUAAACAGGCUCUGCAUGAACGUCAUUUUCAAGACUUGCUGACUCUGGUCCUUUUACAGCCGGGUUUCUAUUUUUGUUAUUCUUUCGAUUUAACACGCUCUCUACAAUGGUUGAGUGAAAACGCAAAUCCUGAAUUUCGCAAACUUUCACUAAUCGAACGCGCUGAUCCACGUUUUGUUUGGAAUGGUUACCUUCUUAGUCAACUUCGAUCAAUUCGUGAUGCUGUUCAAUUUUGUCUUCCACUUAUGCACGGGUUUUAUGGGUCACGACGCGUGAGAAUUGGUGGUCACAUUUGCUGGCUUACGCUGAUCUCACGUCGAAGUAUUCAAUCAGCUGGCGUCCGUUUCCACAAAAGAGGCGUUAACGCUGAAGGUCAACCCGCAAAUUUCGUUGAAACCGAGCAAAUCGUUCAUCCGGAUGGUGAUACAAAUGCUCUUGCGAGUUUUGUCCAGCUUCGUGGAUCGAUUCCCCUGUUCUGGUCACAAAAACCGAAUCUACGUUGGCAGCCAUGUCCAAUGCUCAAGCCUGCCGAUGACCAAUUGCAAGCGUACGUUAAACACUUUGAAUCGCAACGACAGUUAUACGGAGGAAACCAUGUGAUUGUCAAUCUUGUCAAUCAGAAAGGUCGUGAAAACAAAGUCGGAGGUGAGUUGGAAAGGAUUUCUCUACAAGCAAACUUACAAUAUGUCAGACAUCAUGGAUUCGACUUUCACCGUGAAUGUGGCGCAAUGCAAUGGGAACGAUUAUCAAUUCUGAAAAAUCAGCUCACCAAGGAGAUUGCUAGUUUUGGUUUCUUUGCAACUUCCUCUUUGAAUCCUUCGAUCAAUCAAACACAGCUUGGAUAUUUCCGAUCGAAUUGUAUGGACUGCCUGGAUCGAACAAACGUCGUCCAAUCUAUGCUUGCACGAGCGGUUCUGCCAUUACAACUUGGAGCAUUGGGAUUCGUUUCUCCUCAAAGCUUCGAAGUGGUCAGCAAUGCCGACUUAGAGGAGGCUUUCAAAAACUUAUGGGCAGACAACGGUGAUCAAUGCAGUAAACAGUACGCUGGAACUGGUGCCUUGAAGUCAGAUUAUACUCGUCUGGGCAAACGUACCUAUGUGGGAGCACUUAACGAUGGAGUGAACGCGAUCACACGAUAUUUUCGAAACAAUUUUGCUGACGGAAAUCGACAAGAUGCUAUCGACUUGUUCCUUGGCAAUUUCCGAGUUGAUGUCACAAAUUUGCCUACGAAUUUCGACGCUACUUUAUUGGCUCUCAAUCAACAGGGUGUUGCGAUUCUUGCUGCCGCUGUGGCGAUGAGUAUGACGGUUUUGUGCAUUCUUGUAGCAGAAAACUACUCGGCUACGUUCUUCUGGCUCUGCGUCUUUGGUCUAUGUAUGGCGUUCAUCGUUCUGAAUGGCGAGGAUUUCGUGAAUUCGCCCAAGCUGAAGAAAGAC